GGUUUUGCUAUAGUCACAACUGUAGCCCACGAGCGCACUACAUCCAGGCAGCAAACAACAGACUGUCUGCGAGUAAAAGAUCUCAGUAGAUGGUGGAAUGCAUAUCUGAGAAUUUACAGGAACGCACUGGACCAUAUGUUCAGAAAGUGGCAUAUUUGAGCUCUGCGUCCAUCUUGGUUGAGUAGAAUCUCCUUGACAGCUCUAGAAGUGCCGCUUUACUCCUCUAUCAUGGCCUCCACACCUCCACCCCUCAUGAAGAAGCACAGUCAGACAGACCUGGUGAGUCGCCUCAAGUCCCGCAAGGUCCUGGGUGUCGGAGGAGAGGAUGAUGACGGAGAGGUGCACAGGUCAAAGAUCAGCCAGAUGUUGGGCAAUGAGAUGAAGUUUGCUGUUCGUGAGCCCAUUGGCCUUCGGCUUUGGCUCCUCGUCUCUGCUGUGCUGUUCACAUCAACAUCCUUAAUGGCUCUGGCUUUCCCCAACCAGCUCUAUGAGAUCAUAUUUGAGCUCACCACCACCAGGGUCUCCAUCAGACUCUACGGAGGAGCCCUUCUAUGCAUCUCAUUAAUCCUGUGGAAUGGAUUGUACACGGCGGAAAAGGUCAUCAUUCAGUGGACGCUGCUUACAGAAGCGUGUUACUUUGGGGUACAGUUUCUAGUGACGUCCAUCACCCUGUUGGAAAUGGGAAUCCUGUCCAACAGUGCAGUUGUUCUUCUUCUCUGUGAAGCUUCCUUCCUCUUCAUCACCAUGAGUUACUAUCAUUACCUCGGCCGACGCCCCAAAAAGAUCUGAUGGAGUUUGAUUAAUGAUCUGGUAGAGUCUCAUGUUAGAUGUGUGGCUUGGCACCACCAAAUGCUUUGAAUACAGUAGCAUCACUGCCUGGACCAAACGAAUUUACACUUGACUGAAAAUCAGCCUCUGUUUGUGAGUUUUCCCUUAAAUGUAAGUACGGCAUUUUUGUGUUAACUCAUUGGCUAAGGAGGGCCAGAGAUUACGACUGUUGUUUUAGUUACCUUGUUCACGUAAGUGUCUUUAGUUAUCUGACCUGUUCGUAAAAAGCAUUUUCUGAGAGCAUAUUGAAUGGAGGGUAGAUUUAUUGCACUUGUCAGAGAAUCUUGUCUCCCAAAUGGAUCACAUUGUUUUGGGAAGUUGCCCACAAUUCAGGUCAUAUUAUGUAAGAGUUUGUGAAAUUCCUGAAUGUGGUGUAGUUUUCUGCGACACAAAAAUUGGUUUAUUUAUUUAUUUUUAGUUGUCAGGCACAGGAGUAGACACAGCGUAGCACAGAAUAUAUGUCAAUAAUGCAAGAAAAGGUGUAAAACAAGGAAUUUCA